AUGAUGACUCUGAAGCCACUCGCCCUGCUCGGGCUCCUGGUCCCAUCUCUAGCUGCCCCUACUCUUGCCCAGCUGCCUUCGCUCAAUUAUACUCAAAGCCCUACGCCUGGAGAUUUUAUCCACUCACUAUCUCUUCCCGGUUUCCGGUUCCGUCGUGCCAAACCACUUACUUCAAUCCCUAUUGAUAGAAGGGUCCAAAACUACGCAGACUUGAGACGCGUUCCCCACGACGUGCGCAAACCACGUCGAUCCGCGGCGACCUUGUUUGGUCAAGUCCAGCGCAGUAGCGGCGGAAAAGGGUAUGAAAACGUCACAGCUAUUAAUCACUACGCCGCCGAGUAUGCGGUACAAGCUACAUUCAACGGGCGGCAAAUGGACGUUGUUAUAGAUUCAGGGUCUGCAGAUACCUGGGUCAUAGGAUCCAACUUCAGCUGCAAAGGGAGUCUGAAUGAGACCGUAUCAGAUGAUCUAUGUGCUCUCGGUCCUGCAUUCGCAGGCAACUUCACUGGGGGGCCUCUACCUAAUAUGCACUUUGCUAUUAAGUACGGGGACGGCGAAAGCGUGCAGGGCCUAUUGGGGAAAAUGGACGUCGAAUUCGCAGGAGUAACGGUUUUCGACCAGGAAAUUGCAAUUGCUAGUCAAGGCACAUGGCACGGCAAUAAUGUCACUUCUGGCAUCCUUGGGCUCGCCUACCCGUCCCUCACUAACGCCUACUGGGGAGAUGACAUUUACGACAAUAGCCAGUUUCUCUCGGUCCCAUAUUCGCCCCUUUUUACAUCGAUGGUUACCAGUGGGUUGGCAGCGCCAUAUUGGACCAUUGCUAUUGCUAGAAACUCUUCCCUUGGUUCCGUGAGCAUCGGCGGAAUGCCACCAGUGGAUAUUAGUAAGAGCGAUCAUGACCAGACCCCUAUUAUCAUUGCGGAUAUGAUCGACCGAGACAGUACGUCUUGGAAGCCAUCUUUCUAUACCAUCGUACCGACAGCCUUUCGAUUCGGGGGAAUCACGACGAGCGGGCAUUAUCCGUUCAUCUUAGACACUGCUACAUCGCUAAUCUACCUCCCACCAGACCUAGCUGAAAUAGUGAAUGGGAAGUUCGACCCGCCUGCAUCAUAUCUCUGGAAUUACGGUGCAUACUUUACAAGCUGCGAUGCUAUUCCCCCGAGUUUUGGGGUCCAGAUUGGAGGGACUACCUUCUGGGUUAAUCCUAAGGAUCUACUAAACAAGGAGGAGAGGGACCCUCUAACUAACCUAUGCCAAACUGGAAUCGGCAAUGGAGGUACUGGACCUUACAUCUUGGGAAUUACAUUUUUGACCAACGUUGUUGCAAUGAUGAAUAUCGGAUCUGGCAACAUCGAGUUCUGGAGUCACCAGUUCUACUAAGAUUGAAAGGAGACAACUCCUAUAUGUUUGUGAAAUAUAAUACUAAUAAGUAUAAGGCGGACAUGUUGGCCAGAUUCCAGAUUGUUAAUCAUAAAUCAGGCUCGUCCGCCAUCUAACAAAUCCGCUUCGUCAAUAAAAUAGAAAGAAACCUCAUGCAAGAGCUAGUUAGUUAAAAAGCUGUGAUAAUAUUCUGAGACGCUAUGUACGUUCUUCGAAUAAGUGUAAUUCGAGGUAUAAUUACUUGAGAGGGGCUUGUUAUAACCGAAAUAGGGGUCCCAUAAGGUCGGCACAUGAUCUCCCGGCAUCCCUGUCGGCUCCUCUAGAUCUGCUUGGCUGGGAAUCUCCGUUCAGGCAUUGCACGUGGUGUCGUGAAUUCUGCGCGCUAUCCUCACCGAUAGGGACUGUCCUCGUUAUCUCGAAAUAGCGUCUUCAUCUUCUCUCGUCAGUUUCAGACGGUGAAAGUAAUCUAGCAGAUCUAGUAAAUUUCAUUAGACGGAUCAAGAUUUCAAGCCAACCCAAUCCUUCUUUCUGGUUGCUCUAAGCACUACAUGGUUCUCCGGAAUAAUUUACGUA